UAUAAUGCUCUUUAGAAGAAGAAAAUUAGAGUCUACCCCACAGGCAUAGUUCUAGUAGCUGUGGCUACUUUCGUCCGAGAUUGCCUCUUUCGUCUCAGCUUCAGAUGAAAGCGGAAAUUGGCGUUGCAAAUCUUUGUUGCAAAUCGAACUGAACUCUGCGGAAUUCCGGAUGGAAUUCCGUAAGAGGGGGCCGAUGGGGAAUUUGGCAAGGAGUUUGUGAAGAACUUGGUGGGGAAUUCGGUGGGGAAUUCAGUGCCUAAUGGAUAAUGGUUGUGAAAAAUCUUGAAGGGCCAUCCACGCGUUCUUGGGGUUUCCUAGUUUCGCAUCAGAAAUGCUAGCAAUUAUGUAUCUAUUUCCUACUAUAUGUUGUCAAAAUUUGCAUAAAAUCUAUGGCACCCAAAUCUUUAAUCAGCUCUGCAUUGCCAAAUCACACUGUUUCUUUGAAUGUGUUGCUAUUCAAUCCGUCUUGCUCUCUGGUACAAAAGACUGCAAACCCACUACGUUCCUCCUUGUUCUUAACAAGAAUACCAACAUUUGCAGCCCCCAACUUUUUGAUAGUCUGCACAUGCUCAAGGUUAGAAGGCGCAUCCUUACCCAUCGCCAACAGUAAUGUAGUAUUCAAGAUAUCCUUGAUCUGCCUCCCAUUUGAGUUUCUCCUUCGUAAGCUCAUCGAUCUACUUCUCCGUGAAAUUCAUGUUCUUCUGGCUACUGAGAAAUGUGGUCCACAGACUUCGCCGCGACUCGAAACUCAAACCGAAGCGAGAGAUGGAUCCGAGACUCGAAAGCUGGAUCGAUAUUGUCGACUUCAUUGCUGGUCAGGAAGAGGAAGUCUUCGUAGCAUUCCAAGAUCUGAAGGAAGCCGGAGACGAGCUUAUUUCGCGCGAUGUGAGAUGAAGAGCGGGACAUCUGCUGCAUCGAAUUCAGAAGUUCUCCCCAAUCCAAACUGCGACCGCAAGUUAAAUAUUUCUGUUGCUGGUCGGCUUUCGACUUUCGACUCGGAACAAACAACAACCUUUUCCAACCCAAAUCAAACCUCCACCAAACAAUUCUCAGAACAGUAACGUCAACAUGUAACGAAGACCCAGCCGUUCAAGGCCAAUCGCAGGGUCUCAACAACUUCCUUGCACAGCUUGCAG